GACCGAUAUCGGUGCAUAUAUAGGAUGCCCUAUAUGUAUAUAAGAGUCAAUAUAUAUGAGUCAACGAGAUAUCAACAAAAUCAAAUCAACGAGAGCACAUAUAAUAGUUUUCAAAUUUAUUUGCAGAUGCUUUGUCUAAUUCAAAGCUGUGAUGUUUUCUGCAAGAUGUUGUCAACAAAAUAACUUUCUUUUCAAGUUGCACAAAUAUGAGUUUAAGAUUUUCUUUAUUCCCCACCAAUAAAAAUUAAACUCGCGAAAAGCUGCAUAUAGGUAUUUGAAAUCAUUUGUAACUGUUGCUAAUCGAUUGUACAUUAAGCAAAAUGUAUUAAAAUCAAAAUCAGAGAGACUAUCCCACAGUUUUCUCAAGACAUCCUAUAGCUGAGAAAUAAUCCUCGUACAGAGACAUGCAGUUAGUAGGAGACAUACGUAUCACAAGAUACUCGCAACAGGAUUUGCAUAUGAAAAAGGUUGACGAGAAUCGAACAUUAGAGCAACAAGAUUAACGUGUAAUUCGUCUUGGAAAGAUUACAGAUGCAGGUAGCAGCGGUUAAAAGUAUCUACGCGAGCACCAAGUCUGACCAGAAGUCUCUACGGUUUUUGCUCCUUUUCUUGUCAACCAGUUCUUUCUGCUCAAGCCCUUUUUCCUAUCUGAAUUUUUGCUCACCCAAGUGUAGUUGACGGUACAUAUACGCGUGUAGAACGCGAUUCUAUGUUGAGAUCGAGUACCGGUAUCCCAUGGGAUAAUUGCAAUGAUGUUUGAUACUUCCGCACAACGCACGGAAAGCAUUGCCAUACCUCGUGAUCGGCAGCCAACAAUUAUUCUCGCGGUACCGAUCGGACCCUUCGACCCGUCUUACGGUAUGGUACAUCAACAACCAAGUUAGAAAUUAACAUGAAAGAUGAUUGGUGCAAAAUAAAAGACUCCGCGAAUGUAGUCGCGUUCUCCGAAAUAAUGUUCGAUUCCGCGUGCAAAGAUCGCGACUAUCGCACCGAUUACAUUCGAAACAACGUUAUCGUGUGCGAGUCUCGGAACGUGAAGAUUAUUUCGCACGUUGCUGACCAUGAAAUUGCCGGCGUGACAACGGUGGCACGUGCUCGUAAAUCUCAUUGCUCGAGAUGUAUGUACGUACGGAUUCCUCGAUCGUGUACCGCGUUGUCCUGUUGAGACAGAAUUUACUGCUGCAUUAAGGGCACGCUGCGCACGUAACCAUGCGGCAACAAUAAUUAACGAUGUCGCAUUGGAUUAUUCCAUUGAUCUAGAAUUCGCGGAAACAUGGUCGAUUCCGUCCAUUCGUAAAUUAUAUCAGUCACGAUACAACCCGCAAUUUUCAAGAUCGUGCUAGACAUAUUGCUGAUUUACGACAUAAAACGAUAUCGACACCGACUCGAAUUGAAACUGGUACUGCGAUCGCGAUGAACGUACAUCUCUGUUAAAUAUCAGUGAACUUUUCGAUUCAUGCUCCUCUCUAAAAUCUUGUGUAUAUCAAUCUUCUUCACAUUUUUUACACGUUUUCGCUGUAGCUGCACAAUAUGUAAUAUAAAUAUGUGUAUUGCGUUUACUAUUAUUUUUCAAAUUUAUGUUUAUCGUUAAACCAUGACAUAGGAUGUUUUACAAACUGACGAGAAUUUAUUUCAAGUUUUAGUAAUAAUAGCAAGCGCUAAAAGAAAAGACUUUUGCAUACACCUAAUAGUAACUUUAUUAUACCGUGAACGCGUUUCUCUUUUGAUAUUUCACGUGUGCUUAUGAACGCUUCCAGAAACUUCGAUCUCGAUAUGGCCGCGGAGAAUCAUUCGAACAAUGUGCGGGUCGCGCUCUGCACAAUGCCGACCAGUCCAGAAGAGAGGGUGCAUCGUUCGCUGCUUCAUAGCAAACGCGCGAUCACGAUUUGAGAAAGGAUAAGCGAUCGCAUGAAACGUAUAUCGUAGUGUCGGUGACUGAUGAAGAGUGAUCCAUCUUUCAAGUAAUCUUCAACGAUUGGAUUAUUGAGUUACAUUCUAGCCUCUCUUAUCAAAGCGUGUCAACAGAGAUAAAACAAGUCUCUCUUUGAUUGAUACUGUAAUUUAAAAUCAUUUUUCUAAUGCGACAUAGAUUACAAAACGGAUAUAUUAUAGUAAAUAUAUAAUGAUAACGAGAUAACAAAUAUCUGUCUAAGAUACUAUUAUUCUAAACUUUCUUUAGAAUAUAUCGAUCCAAAAUAUGCAGUAGGUAUCUAUGCCGCACAUUGCAACGCGCAACGGCUGGAUGGCCACAAUCCUUUUCACGCUCGCUCUCUAUAAGGGAAUUACGUUCGAACGGAAGAAAGGAUGCACGGUCUCUCAACUGCAUUCCAUGGUACCUGUAGGCGCAUCCGCGCGAUUAUACUUAACUGAACCAUAACUUAACCACCGCAGUAAAGCAUCGGGAGAGACGCGGCCGCGAAACCUGCAUCUCGUUGCUUUGUUUCGCGAAUGUAUCGCAGAUAUGCAACGCGAUUCGCCGAUCUAUAUCAAAUAUCGACAAAGAGACUCAAAUGUUCAAUCAAAUGGUUUUCAACAACGAUAUACAAGAUAUAAACAAAGCAUCAUAAGAUGCACAUUAUAAUAAUACUUUGUACAUGUGUGUUUCUUUUCUUUUUUUUAUAUUUUUUAUAUGACUCGAUCAUACGCAUAUAAUGUUACGUAUAAAUGCAAUCAAUUUUAAAUAUUGUUCCUCUCUUUCUUUUCUUCGCUAUUCUUCGGCAUUAGAGUUGAAGGGCGAACGGAAUUUCUGCGUGAGAACCGGCGCUACAGAUCGCGAUCGUCCUCGGUGCCGCGGUGCGUGCUUCUCCUUGGAACGGUCGUGGCUGCUGUAUAUUCUGCGUUUAAAUUGGCUCGGCUCGUUAGGCAUAAUUAAGAGUCGGUGGGAGGCGUUUGCGUUGAAUAUAAAAUUCCGUCUUGCCACCCUUGGGUGCAGCGCUACACGCGCUGCGCUCGUGCGUUGCAUUUCCACGUGCACGCAGCGUUGCGUGCAACGCCCGAUUAACCCUCUCCUGGUUAGGCGGAUUAAUGUUUUUCUGGAAUAUUCCACGUGUGCGUGACUAUGCUACUGUGCAACUAAAUUGCCAUGAUAAGAUGAAAUGUAUAACGCUCGUGUUUUUUUGUUUUUUUUUUUACAAGAAAAAACAGCAGAUAAUAGUUCCUUACAGAUUAAUACAUACGUAUAAUGGCACUCACACAACGGUAGAAGCAAGCGUAACGUUAACGGACAUGGAUACGUGUAUGCCUUUACUGCGCCUUUUUACUCUUUCUUUCUUUUUCGUCAAGUACCGACGACAUUGAAAUAACGCGUUUAUUCAGGAAGGCGCAUCCAUUAUUCAUCAACACGCGACUGCAUCCGUUUGGACCCACGGUUUCGCUCGAGUGAUGCGUUUACAGAUUACUCCCGCCAAAUGUAAGACGGCGGCUCGUGAUUCAGAAUGCAUGGUAAUUUUGUUUCUCGGCAGCGCACAAGACGCGCAGGUGUAUCCGAUCGAUCGCUUUAUACCGUUCGCUCAAGACUGCUCACUGUACGUGGAAACACGUAAAAGUUCCUCUUAAAUUGGCUCGGUGGAUCGGUCGAGUCGACAUUUUUUCGGGUUUACCGUACUCUUCGAAACGCGGAAAGAUUAAGACAGACCAGUUUACGUUUGAAGAUCGUAAUGAUAAAAAAAAACUCGUUUCUCGAGAGGGAUAAGAUUAUGUUGUUUAUACACGUAUAUAACUCACAUAUAAAUAAGGGACUUUUACUUUUGAAGAGAAGAAAGAAAAACAGAUAUCUUUGAAUAUUUUUCGAUAUAGGUAAUCAAAUUAAAACUCGUACGAGUAAUGUCCAAUUGUAAUUUAUAAUAUCUUUCAAACGUGGUUUCAAAAGUGCAUGUUUCUUCAGAAAAUGUCAAAGAUGUUUAACGUUUUUUGCUUCACUAUUCAUGUUCACCGUUCGUAAGAAGAGCAAUAUAAUAAAAUGGAAGAAAAAUCAACUACUUUUCCAAGUUUCGAAAAAAAUGAGAAAAGUUAAGGAGCUCUCUGCGCGCGGCUCUUUUUCCGUUUAGGAUGAAGUAAAAAGUCGCGAGAUUUCCGGAGGAUUCUCCGGAAGAGAAAUAAAGAAACCGGUCUCCGGCGAUCGGGAUGCAACCACUGCUAAUCCGUCAGUUUGGCAAUAACUUUGGCGUUGAUCAGCAUGCGUUAUUCACUGGAGCUUUACCGUUGUUGUUCGUCAGCGAGAUUCGCUGACUCUCUUCCGAAUAAAAUUGCGCACACCACCUAACUGAGGUACACACGGUGCAUGCUAACGGUGCAUACGCGCGCAACGGAUGUCGUGUCACCUUGCGGUGCUCAAAGCUUCCAACCGCGAAUCUGUUUCCACUUCCACCUCCACUUCCACUUCCACUUCCACCGUGAGUACAAGAAGGUCGGCCGACAGUUUAACCGGUGCUCUACGUUCUUUGCAAAUGCGAUCAACGUGUCUCCGCGUUACUGUUAAGGAAGAAAUGCGGAAAAUUGACGAGGAAUUUGCCACGGCUUUAUUAUAAAGAUUAUACCGAAAUAUAUAUAAUAAUAAACUAUAUUAUUAUAUAUAAUACGUUUGCAUAUUUACCCAAAGUUAACGAGAAACUAGUAAAGUUGCAAAAAUAAAACCUACACCGUUCACGUGAGUUCAUAAUCACGUGGAUUCACAACUCAGAAAUCUGUUAUCUCAAAUUUGCCGAAUUUUAUGUUCCUUGUUCCUCGAGUUGUCUUGAAAGUGAGGCCUUUCUCCAAAAAUUUCGGCAUUUAAUUUUCAGGUAAAAUCUCAAAUAUUAAAUAUUUAAAAACUAAGAUUAAGAUAAUUGGUUAAUUUGUUUACGCGACAUCGGUUAAUGCCACACUUCUUGCACGAGUGCAUGGGGCUUGUGGAUGCGCGCGAAGAUGCACAGGCAUUGUUUGUAGAUCGUGGGAAACCGGGAAGCGAUUAGAGAGAGAAAGAGAGAGGUGAAGAAACGGCUUGGUGCGUAUCUGCUAGGCACCCAUGCGGUGCAACGUACGAUCGGCACGGAAGAAUAAUCCGCGGAAGCGGCUUCUGGAAGGUCACGAGAACGCGCGCCAGCAUGAAAAGAGAGUCUCAAUAUGCAUCUUCAUCUAGCUCGACUUGUGUCAACAGAUUAACCUCACCCUCACCCGCUUCGACAAGCGUGAGGCUCGGCGACGAGUGCAACCGGGAUCGGGAUUGCGAGGUCAGCGUCGCUAAUAGCCACUGCUACUUGGGUUAUUGUCGGUGUCAGCCUUUCUUCGCCGGCUACAAUGGAACUUAUUGUCUCGAAUCGACUUUACUGGGCAAUGACUGCCUCGUGAAGGAACAAUGCUCCUUAAAAGUAGCAAAUAGCAGCUGUCUCGAGGGCGUAUGCAGAUGCGAAGAGGGACACUUGCAGUUUCGCAGGCAUACUUGUUUGGAGCCGGCAAAACUUGGCGAGGUGUGUUACGAGCACGCUCACUGUCGUCUUUGGGACCUCGAAUCGCACUGUGACUUUCUGAUUCCGGAUUUGUUCGGUCGCUGCCAAUGCACCGCACCGAUGCGUCGCGAGGGUGACGUGUGUCGACCUGACAGUCUCGUGAGACCCGCGCCGCUUCCGGAACAUCUGCCUCCCCCUCAGGAGCCGAUAAUAGAGUACGUCAUCGAGAAUAACGAACGCGAUAAAGAGGUUGUCACCGAAGAACAAAAGGGCGAAACUCAAACGGAACAAGAUACAGGUGUUCAAAUAUCCUGGCUAAAGAACGCAACGAUGCUUCUGUCGACGGAGGCUCCCAGUCAACUGGUACCGGUGAAUCUGGUGACUAGACCGGCGUUGGGUCCACGACCUGGAACUAACGAUCGUCCAGGGCCAAACGAACUCCCCGAUGAUGACGACAGCAUCGUCAUCGAGGCAGAAGUCACCGAACUCGCGCAUAUUACCACUACUACUACUUCGACAUCCGCACCGAUAAAGACGGAUCGUCAUGAGAGCACGAUAAUGACGGCAAUUAGCUUGGGCUGGCCGUGCAUCGCCGAUCUAGAGUGCCGAAUGGCCGAUCCGAUGUCGCGGUGCAUCGGCGGCGUAUGCGACUGCAGUUUUCCUAUGAAUGGCAGUUGCAGCGCACGUAGGACCGGGUGCGCACCGGGCACGUUCCAGUGCCGAUCGUCUGGAAGCUGCAUCAGCUGGUUCUUCGUCUGCGACGGUCACGCCGACUGCACCGAUGGUUCCGAUGAGGAGUGCACCGGCCCCCGCUGUCCGAUGCAAGCGUUCAGGUGUAACGACAGCGACGUCUGCAUAUCGAGAUCUGCUUUGUGCGACAGCAAUCGCGAUUGUCCCCACGGCGAAGACGAGAUUGGUUGCAAUAAUCGCCGAAAAUGUCCUGAAGGUGCGUUCAGAUGUAACAACGGUCAGUGCCUACCGGCAUACGAGUUUUGCAACGCGGUGGUGUCCUGUAGAGACGGUAGUGAUGAGCCUAGAGGAGCUUGCAGGACGCGCAAUCGUGGCCGAAUUUCCGCGAGAUUUUGUCCGUUCAGAUGCGACAAUGGCAGGUGCCGUUCAGAUGCAAUAACUUGUAGCGGUCGGGACGGAUGCGGCGAUGGUUCUGACGAGAAAAAUUGCAACGUCUGCAGAUGCAGCGAAACGAUCUAAUCUCUUGGCCAGCCGAUUUUCUCGUUGCGUCGCGUCGCCUCGUCGAACAAAAGCAGAGGGAGGAAAAGAACAAGCUAUCAACCGGCACGUUUGAUGCUUUCGCGCGAAAUAGAUGCUCGAGAAUAUCGAGGCGGGGCUACAAUAAGUAAGUGUGACCAAAGAUCGUUAAGCCGUAUCGGGGCGAUUCCGACUUUCAACGGUCCGCGAUCUCGAGAUUGAAAGGAUCGUUUUUACUCGGACUGGACCCGACAAUGGCUAUUAGAACGCAGUGAGAAUCUUCCGUCGUACCUGCUGCGCGAGCUCCCUCGUUAAGUCGAGCCGGACCAGUGACCGCCGCCGCCGCCGCCGCCGCCGCCGUAGCGAGUCGUCGGGAGAAAUGAUUGCACUUGUGCAAUAAUGGAACUUAAUCGCGUAUAAUGAUACCGUAAGGCGGGGAUAGUUUGCAUCAACGGGAUAACUUGUCCCGCAACGAAUGAGCAGCAAUGAGUUCAAGGCUUAUCUUUCAGAUAUCUGGGUACUACACAAAGUACUGCGCGUCUGAGGCUGCUGCUUAACAGGCUUAACAAAUAAAACAUAGUAUAAUCUCAAAUUUAGACAAGACUAUACGAUUAACGUUAUUUACACUGUUAUUAGGCAGAUGCUAGUUUACCUAAGGCUUAAGAUAAGCCCUGAUGCAGCGUCAUUGUGUCAUUAAUAACAAGACAAGACAAGGGUAUUUUGAAAUAAACGAUAACUCGUCAAGACAACAUCUUGGAAAGGUCAAUCAACUUUAGAACAAAGAUUCCCAAUUCGAAAGUUUUACGUUCAUGCACCAUAUGUAUGUAUCUUGUAGACGGAAGACGCAAUAUCACGGAUGAAUUGUCAUUAAAAAGCACAUGCGAAACGCUUAUAAAUCAGCUCGCUUAUGUCAUAAAGCAAAAUUAUCAUAAAACGAACGUGAGUGAUAAUGCGCCUUCCGCUGAAUCUCAAUGUCGCACAUAUUUAUUAAUGUAGGCAUCAAAAAAAUCGCUUGGAGAUAGAGAGGAAAAGAGAGAGAGAGAGAGAAAGAGAGAAAGAAUAGAGAUAUUUUCAAGGUAUUAAGAAUGUGUACAGAUAACAUAAAAUUAUCGAAAUAUCAUUAACUGUAAACAAAUAUUUUUGUACAAUUUAUAUAUCUAUCUUUUACAUGUCGAUAUGUUAAUUAGCAUUUCGAUAGUAUUAUAUCUGACGCGUAUCGUUUGAUAUAUUAUAUCCAACUUUUAUAAUUUGUGUCGUGUAUCGUGACGCAAGAUAAAAUGUAAUUUAACAAAUUUUAAUAAAAACUACAAGUGGAUAUUUAUCACA